CCCGCCCGCCGCCGCCGCCCCGCGCGCCCUGGCCCGGCUCGCCACCAGCGCACCCGGCGGGCGGGUCUCCCGCACCCGGCUCGGCGCCGCGCUUCUCCGCCUGCUGAGCCGCACGGCCCCGGCAGCAAGAACUUGAGGGCAAGAAUCUGGCUUCCCUUUAGAUUAAAAACAAACAAACAAACAAAAAGGCAUAAAGAAAAUCCUCAGGCUGGAGAGGUGGCGGGCGCGGCACAGAGUUUGGAGACGGGCGCCCCCUCCUCGCCCGCGUUCAGGAGCAAAGUUGCAGCCGCCCCUCCCCGCCCGGGCGAGCCGAGCCCAGCUCUCCAGUUUCGCUCGGGUGGCGGCCGCGUUCAGGGCAGGGUCCCAGCUCCGGCUGGGGUGCACAGUUCCCGCAGCCUUGGCACGGGCUCGCCCGCCCGCUCGCCGGCCCCGUGACUCGCCAGGGCGAGCCGCUUCCAGGAGGCGGCGGCGGCGGCGACGCGGCCGGAGCCAGCGAGCAGCGGGAGAAGCAGCGGGCAGCGGCCGAGCCAGGUAUUUGAUCCUGAUGACCUUUAUUCAGGGGCCAACUUCUCCAAGGUCCUCAGUACUCUUUUAGCUGUCAACAAGGCAACAGAAGAUCAGCUAUCAGAAAGACCAUGUGGACGUUCUUCUCUUACUGCAGCUAAUAGUUCUCAGACAAACCCACAGGGAGGAGUUGCUAGCACAGCUCCAGGCCUGCAAAGGCAGUCAAAGACAGUGGAGAUGACGGAAAAUGGGAGCCAUCAGUUGAUAGUGAAGGCAAGAUUCAACUUUAAGCAGACGAACGAAGACGAAUUGUCCGUUUGUAAAGGGGACAUCAUUUAUGUCACCAGAGUUGAAGAAGGAGGCUGGUGGGAAGGCACGUUAAAUGGCAGAACAGGCUGGUUCCCCAGUAAUUAUGUCCGAGAAAUUAAAUCCAGUGAGAGACCUCUCUCCCCCAAGGCUGUCAAAGGAUUUGAAACAACUCCACUUACCAAGAACUAUUAUACUGUGGUGUUACAGAACAUUUUGGACACUGAAAAGGAUUAUGCUAAAGAACUUCAGUCUCUACUUGUCACUUAUUUAAGACCCCUGCAGUCCAAUAACAAUCUGAGUACUGUGGAGUUUACAUCUUUAUUGGGGAACUUUGAGGAAGUAUGCUCAUUUCAACAGACACUCUGCCAAGCCUUGGAAGAAUGUUCAAAGUUUCCAGAAAACCAACACAAAGUAGGAGGUUGUCUGCUGAACCUCAUGCCUCAUUUUAAAUCUAUGUAUCUGGCUUACUGUGCAAAUCACCCCUCAGCUGUCAAUGUACUCACACAGCACAGUGAUGAUCUGGAACAAUUCAUGGAAAGUCAAGGUGCGUCCAGCCCAGGGAUCCUCAUUCUAACAACCAGCCUCAGCAAACCAUUCAUGCGACUGGAAAAGUAUGUCACUCUCUUGCAAGAGUUGGAACGGCAUAUGGAGGAUACGCAUCCGGAUCAUCAGGAUAUUCUGAAAGCAAUCAUAGCAUUCAAAACUCUCAUGGGCCAGUGCCAAGAUCUAAGAAAGAGAAAACAGCUGGAGUUGCAGAUACUUUCAGAACCUAUUCAGGCAUGGGAAGGAGAGAAUAUUAAAACCUUGGGAAACGUGCUGUUUAUGUCACAAGUAAUGAUGCAAUACGGAACGUCUGAGGAGAAAGAGGAGCGGUACCUCAUGCUGUUUUCAAGUGUCUUGAUAAUGUUAUCUGCAAGUCCUCGGAUGAGUGGCUUUAUCUAUCAGGGAAAAAUACCAGUGGCGGGAAUGGUGGUGACCAGAUUAGAUGAAAUUGAAGGGAAUGACAAUACAUUUGAAAUCACAGGUAACAUGGUCGACAGAAUUGUGAUCCACUGCAACAAUAGCCAGGACUUCCAGGAGUGGCUGGAGCAGCUGUGCAGACUGAUCAGGGGCCCUGCCUCUUGCAGUUCCUUAUCCAAAACAUCAUCGUCAUCUUGCAGCACUCAUUCUACAUUUUCCCAGUCUUUUAGCUCUACUGGACAGCCCCGAGGACCCCUGGAACCUCCUCAGAUUAUAAAACCGUGGAGUUUAAGUUGUCUACGACCCGCACCUCCACUUAGACCAUCAGCAGCACUAGGUUAUAAAGAGAGGAUGUCUUAUAUCUUGAAGGAGUCUAGUAAAAGCCCCAAAACAAUGAAGAAGUUUCUUCAUAAAAGAAAGACGGAAAGAAAGCCAUCUGAGGAGGAAUAUGUGAUUCGGAAAAGUACGGCUGCUCUGGAAGAGGAUGCUCAGAUCCUUAAAGUGAUUGAAGCCUACUGCACCAGCGCGAAUUUUCAACAAGGCCAUGGCUCAAGUGCUCGCAAAGAUUCACUUCCACAAGUCUUACUCCCUGAGGAAGAGAAACUCAUCAUUGAAGAAACCAGGAGCAAUGGCCAGACUAUCAUUGAAGAAAAGAGUCUGGUUGAUACUGUGUAUGCCUUGAAGGAUGAGGUCAAAGAACUGAAACAGGAAAAUAAAAGAAUGAAGCAAUGCCUGGAAGAAGAAUUGAAAUCAAGAAGGGACCUAGAAAAGCUGGUCCGGAGGCUGUUGAAGCAAACUGAUGAGUGUAUUCGGGCUGAAUCCAGUAGCAAGACCUCCAUUCUUCCAUAACUAUCACUGUGCAGCUGGGCAGACGUGCCUUCGGGGCAUCUCGAAAUGUCCAGAUGAAUGAUUUGUUUGCUCACUUCCUUGGCUUUUAUUUUGUAUCUGAGUCAGUCCUCUCUCCCCCCUUCCAUUCCCCUGCUCUUGCUCUUGCUUUCUUUCUCUGUCUGUUUGCUUGAGUGUUUGUUGUUGUUUGGUUAUUGGUUGGUUGUUUUCUUUCUGACAGGGGUAAAAGUGAAAGUGGUGGUGGAAGUCUCUCCAGAGUCUUUUCCAUUCAAUAAGAAAAGGAAAACUAGUAUAGGCAAAUGACUUAAAUGGUCUUCAGAUGGCCUUCAAUUCAUAGUGCCUCUUCAACCAGCCAUUUCCCCUCCUCGCCCCGCCCCAUCACUCUUUUGGGCUGGAUGCCAUGUCAAAGUGGCUGGCCAUGGCUUAGUAAAUGUGAACUUGACUUUUUCUCUCAUGCUUUCUUGUAUCUGGAAGCCCCUCUGUACCCAAUUUAAGGAAGACAAAGCUCCUUGAGCUAUGACUAGGGUAGGGUGAUUGGAAGACUAGCACAUUUGCCCAGUGACCCAGCCACCCUCCCUGGACUAUCAUGUGCCACCCCUCAAUGCACACUUUUUUAAAAAAAUUACUGCCCUGUGUUGUCUAUAAGGCCAAGAAAACAGUAGCACCCUUAUUCCUUUUGUGUGCGUUUACAUUUUAACUCUAUGGGGCAGAAGCUCUGGUCAUCCAUGCCAAUACCAGAUCCAUUAGCAAAUUGCACUAGACAAUCUUCCCCUUCAGCAGCAGAGUUGAUCAUCCCUCCCCAGUGCAUGAUAGAUUUCCCCCACAACCUUCUGCCUCGUAUGUAAGUUUUAUAUUUCCCCAGUGCUUUUAGCCAACCAUAUGAAGCGAUGUGUAAACUAGUAUGUGUGUGCUUCGCUUCCUUUUUGAAAAUAUAGACUGUGAGCAGUUGCUUCAUCUACACUGCAUAUUCAACUUGUGACUUCUCAUCCUUCAAAACAAUCUGCAUUGAGGAGCUAUCAUGCCCUAGUAGACUGCUUUAAUUCACUUUAUUGCUCUACCAGGUAUGCAGUGAGAAGCUGUAAUAUUCCUCAGCCUUGAAGCAUUAUUUGCAGAAAUGUGCUCUUGGUCCAGUUUGUAUAUCCAGAAAGAAUGGACACCUCUAGUGGUUGUGUGCUGGUUGCUAGUGAAGCUCAGGAUUUGGAACUGGUUUACUAAAGUGGCUCAUUAAAUCCAACAAUCACCUUUGUAAGUGUCUCAACAAUUAGAACUGUGGUAAACCAGGUUUAGAAGGAGGGUCACAGAAGAGCAGAACUCAUGCAAAUUCAGCACAACUGAAAGUCAGCACAGUGCAACCCACCCCUCUCUCUCCCCAAGACAGGUGCAACUGGGCAGGUGGGGAAGAUCACUGGAAAGAGAGGCAGAGGGCCAAUGGUCUGGUCAAGGUAGUCUUCCAGAUACAUUUGGCGGGUGCCUAUAAAUGUGGGUUUUGCAAAUGUUAUUAAGAAAGCACACUUGAAGCUCGAAUCCCCCAGCUUGCUAAGCUCUUUUUCUUUCUCAUACUGGGGUGGGGGGGCGUCUCAAGUUCCCAUAGCUACACGGUACAGGGCUGUUGACUACUUGCUGCACAGCAGAAAUGACACCAUCCACAGGAAAGGGACUCUACCUGCAGUCCGCCAUCAGCCAACCACAUGCAGCCAUCUUUGGAAGCUGAAGAGUGAAGAUUUCUAGAAAUGGCCGUCAUUCUGUUUUUAAGCCCAGAAGCUUAGCUGUGCCAUCCUUCACCUAAAAAUUAACAACAACCACAAAGAUCUGAGCAUCUGCCCUGUCUGUGGUUAAUCAAUGGCUUACAGUAAAUGUGCACAUUAUAUCCAUAGGGAACAUUUUUGUGAUUACAAAAUACUUUAGUAGAUAAGGUACAGGAUUGCUUAUAAUACUGAAAGGUCUUUAUUUUAAAGUAAAGUGUACAUAUGCAUGUUUUUGGAACUUGACCUUCUGAGGAGAGGCCCUCGGUACUCUGGGUAGUGAAGCUCGUGCAGAGUGUGGUGUCUGCGCUCACACAGUAAGCAGUAAUAUAAAGGAAAUGAAGCCAUGUUAACCUGAGAGCAGUGUCUUCAUAGUUGUGUUGUUUACAUACUCUAUAAGUGGGUUCCUCUUACUCUGUAAUUAAACUGCUGCCCUUAGAGGCUUUUUAGUUCCUCUUCCAUCAUGUUCCUUCUUACACAAGCUCAAAUUUUCUAACUUGUUUUUAUUUUGAAGACUUUUAAAAUGGACGUUUUCAAUAAAUAAGAAUAACAGUGCUUUAUAAACUAAGUCCUGUGUUUUCUUUUCUUUUUCUUUCUUUUUCUUCCUUUUUUUCUCUAACCAGUGUGCAGAAGGAUUUUUCAUGCUAUGGCAGCUUCCUCCCCCAUUUACUCAUUAGGCGUCCGCUCUCCAGCUGUCUUCCACCUGUUUCAGUCUGGGCAGGUGAGAUCUGCUCCCUGCUUUACAGAGAUAAUACGGGCCUUCCUUAACUUCUCCACCCCUCUCCUUCCAUCCUCAACCUAUGAACUGUACACUAUUUUCCAUCCUGUAUCAGGAUUUUGUCAACCACUUGAAGCCUACAUUUUGACUGCAGUUGGAAUGCUGGUGUCAGCAGUCAAAAUAAAAAUAUUUGCUCCACCUCGA